GGCGCGGAGGGCGGCUCAGCCCGGCGCGGCCCGCCUCGCCCGGGCGAUGCCUGAGCACGGCGGCGGCGGCGGCAGCAGCAGCGGGGGGGCGGGCGGGUAGCGGCAGCGGGGACGCGGCACUGCUGCCCUGCCUUUCCCUGCCCGCUGCUGGCCCUUCCUCCGCCCCCUCCCGCGUCCCCCUCCCCCGCUCCGGUGCCCGACAGCCGCCGCUCCGGGCAGGGAGGAAGGGCUGGGAGCCGCCUCCCUUUGCCCCCGGCCGCCCCCCUCCACAUGCAGCCCGGCCCGCCGCUGGGAGCCCUCCCCGGGGGGAUGUUUCUGCGGCCGCUGCCGGGAUAACCGCGCGCUGACGGAGGAUGCUGCCCGCGCCGUGGCGGGCUCCGAUUCGGGCAGCAGCGGCCGCGUCCCCCGCCUCGGCUCCGGGCAGCGUCGCCGGGGAGAGAUGACUUCAAGGCACCAGGCGGACUGGAUCCCUUACAGUGUUCUGGAUGAUGAGGGGAGCAGCCUGCGUCAGCAGAAGCUUGACAGGCAGCGAGCACUGCUAGAACAGAAGCAGAAAAAAAAGCGCCAGGACCCAUUAAUGGUUCAGUCCAAUGUGGACAGUCGCCCAAGAACGCGCAGAAUGAAACAUUCGGAAGAACAAGCACCGUUGGUUGAAUCGUAUCUUAACAGCAACAGCAGCAUCAUAUAUCAUGUGCAGGAGGCCGAACAGGAAGAUGUAAAAGUGGUAGUGGAUGCCCAAGCUCCGAAACCAACUAAAAAAACCAAGGCAGCAGCUGCGAGUUGUCAGACUGGCAGCACCAGAAAAGAGAAAAAAGGGAAACACAAAGGGAUUGAUGGCCCAGCAGCUUUUCAAGAUAAUGUUCAGAAGAUAGGAAGUCACGUGCAGAUUCUCACUGUUGGACGGUCUAGCCAUGAUGAAGAUGAUGGAGAAAAAAUGGCUAGUGGCCAACAACAGCAAAGCAAACAAGAUCUUCGAACAGCGAUGCAGAAAAAAGAUCCCCAUGCAAAUACAUCCUGGUCCUCUUCCACCUCCCAAUCCAGUCUUGUCGCCCUGGAUCAUGUUCCUGGCAUUUCAAGCAGCAUGAAUUUUGAUGAGGAAGAGGAUGAGGAAGAUGAAGACAGCUCUAGUUCUUCACAGUUAAACAGUAACACCAGGCCUGGUUCUGCCACAAGCAAAAAAUCCAACAAGGAAGCGGCCUCAGCCCCCAGUCCUUCCACAAAUGAGCCUCUCAUAGAUGUUGGUGACCUGGAGGAAUUUGCCGUAAGACCUGCUCCACAGGGUGUCACUGUCAAAUGCAGAAUCACAAGAGACAAGAAGGGAAUGGACCGAGGGAUGUACCCUACUUAUUACCUCCACUUGGAAAGGGAGCACGGUAAAAAGGUGUUUCUGUUAGCUGGACGGAAGCGAAAGAAGAGUAAAACCUCUAAUUACCUCAUCUCCAUAGACCCAACUGACCUGUCUCGGGGUGGAGAGAGUUUUAUUGGAAAACUGAGAUCAAAUCUUAUGGGAACAAAGUUUACAGUUUAUGACAAUGGAGUAAAUCCAAUGAAAACAUCAUCAAGCCUGGAGGGGAGUACCCUGCGUCAGGAGCUAGCUGCUAUUUGUUAUGAAACAAACGUGUUGGGAUUUAAAGGACCUCGUAAAAUGAGUGUGAUCAUACCAGGAAUGAAUAUGGACCACGAAAGAGUUUCCAUCAGACCACGAAAUGAACAUGAGACACUUCUUGCAGGAUGGCAGAACAAAAAUACAGAGAGUGUCAUUGAGCUGCAUAACAAAACGCCAGUCUGGAAUGAUGACACCCAGUCCUAUGUUUUAAAUUUCCAUGGUCGAGUCACACAGGCCUCAGUGAAAAACUUCCAGAUUAUUCAUGAUAACGAUCCUGACUAUAUAGUGAUGCAGUUUGGCCGCGUGGCUGAGGAUGUGUUCACCAUGGACUACAACUACCCCAUGUGCGCGCUACAAGCCUUUGCUAUUGCCCUUUCAAGUUUUGACAGCAAGCUGGCUUGUGAGUAAAGGGCAUGGGUGAGCAUCCACUCAUCUCAUGUCACUUAUGGUCAGGGAAAAUGCAGUUGUGAAGGACCAGUCUAUUGUUGAAGAGGAAGUAAAAGGAAUCUUCUAAAAAUUCAGGAAAUAAAGUUUUCCUUUUUUUUCUGUCAUAUUUUUCUGGAAGUGACAUAAAUUUUGUGUAAAUAGAAGUUCUGUCUCAUGUCCUUGAUUAUGGUAUGGAGAUGUGCCAUGAGGUACUGUACCGUGGCUCUAGUAGCACCAUUAUAACGGUGUCUUUUUUAAAUCCGGAAAGGGCGUGCACGCUCAAGAAGUUUCUUUUUACAUUUAAGAAUAAUUCUGAGGCUGUAAUCAUACCUCAAGGUUGCACUCCCACAUUGACUAAUCAGAGCUUCACAUCAUCCAACAUAAAAGAAAGAUCACAAAAAAGAUGCACUUUUUUGAACGUGCAAGGAUCUCAUGUAGUAUAAAGCCAAGUCUGAAGGCUGAAAACCUAUACUGGACUGAACUUGAUGCAUUGCUAUUGUAUAUGUCGUAGGGCAUGAUGAGUUUCAAUUGCAGUAGGAGGAAACGGAGAAGUAGAAAGCACAAAACAAUGUUGCACAAGUCACUUGAAUUCUAAGAUGUCAUUAUGUUUUAACAUCUACCUGCUUUUUAAUUUGUUUCAAAUGACAAUGUAUCUGGAGUACAGAAAAGGAAAAGGAAAAUGUCUCGAUGCCAAGAAGGCAUAACUUAUGUUGAAUUUGGCAUGUCGCGUGUUGGGAAUCUAUAUCCUUGUAUUGCUGUGGUAAUUCAAACACAUAUUUUGUAUGAAGUGAUAUAAACAGUUGGAUAAAGGCGCUCUGCAGAGAAUCUUACUAUUUUGAACAGGCUGUGUAAAGCUGAGGAAGGUAAAUGGAAAUAUUUUAUUAAAUUUGUCUGGCCUUUUGCGAUUUUACAAUUUGUUGAUUGCAUUUUUUGAACUUUGAGCAGCAACCACUUUUCAUAUUUAUUUCCCAUUGUAAGAACGCUUGAAAUCAAUUGAAACUGUGUAUGUUGCUCUCUGAUGUAAACGUGCCAGCUACUGAGCUAAAUCCUUCUAGGCAAAUCUAGAGUAUGCUGCAUACAAAUGAGACACUGGCAGGACACAGAAUAACUUAAAAUAGUGUGGAUUUUUUGUUUCUUUUUUUCCUGAUUUAUCUGAAAUAGCAUUUGUUUAUAUAUUUCAAAACACAAGCAAAGAACAAGCCAUUCUUUUUUCUGAACCUCUCAAAAGCCAAGAGCUGCAACUGAAAGCACACUGUAAAACACCUUUAGAAAUAAUGAGCCUUUCUGCCAUUGUUCUGUAGACUGUUACCCUAAAUGGCACACAAAGUGAUAGAAUUUGUAAGUAGUUCACCAGAAAGGGUAUUGAAAUGUGAGAGAAGCAGUUGUGUUUUAUACUGUCUGUAUUCAGAUUCUCCUUUUUACUCUUUAUAGACUCUUGCACUGCACAACCGAAGGUUAUAUAGAGAAAAUGAGAUUUAAUCUGCUUGUCUCAUAGCUGUCGGCCCCUUUUGGGCUAUAGGGGACAGGCCAUAAGGAGAGGUUGUGCCAUUUGAACUGUGUAAUUUCAACUAAUAAAAGAAAUGUGCUCUCUUCCUCACAUUUGCCUUCAGGUCUCCUUCCCAGUAUACAGACAAGGAAGUUUCAGAUAAGGGAUGGAAAUUAAGUAAUUGCCAGCACUUUUUCUAAUCUUUAUAAAAAUCUAUGGAAAAAAGUCUGCUGGCUUCGGACAGCGUUCUGUUGAUGGACUCAGCCUGUCAAAUGUGAUCUUUAAAUAACAGGAGGCUCUGUCAUUUGUUUCAGAUCUUUUUGCAAAAAGCCUUUCCACACAGUGGUAUAAAAUGGAAAGACACCUUUUGUUUGAGAGACCUGAGCAGUCAGUUCUGUCAGCAAAUGAUCAAAACGAUGGGUCGUGAGCUGCAGUGUGAUACUUGGGCUUUGCACAUGGAUGCUUUGUUUUCCCCUGUAGCUGGUAGUUGCCCACCAUUUCACAUCCCCACCUGUGAUCUCACUUCGGAUUUUAACAGAGAAGGCCCUUAGGCCUUUGGUUAGCUCAGUCUUUAAAAACUAGCUCCCAUGAUAACCAGAAUUUUCUGGUUAGACUACUGCACAAUUGGCCAGGAAUUCCCACUGCUGGUGUAGAUGUAUGAUGUGGGUUUCAAGAACUCUCCAGCAUGGGAACGGUGGAACCUGCACAGCGGUCAUUCCGUGGCUCGCCACUCAUAUGUUUUCUUUAAAGCCUGUGAAAGUGGCAACUGACAGAGUUUUCUGCCUCUCUGUGCACAGCGCUGUGUCAAAGGAGCUAAGUGUCUCACGGUGCAGAUAUACAGUCUGUUGGCUGUAGUAGUGGAGGUGGUUUAGAAAGGGUUAUUUUUAAUGUGGAUCAUAACAAUGGGCUGAAGGGAAGCUCAUGUGCAGUGAACUCCUGCACAAGGGUCAGAAUGAAGGGCUGGGGAAAGGCAGCGACUUCUUGGGACAGUUGUGCUGCCAGCACAUUGUGUAACUUCAAUCUCACUGCGUGUCCUUCCCAGCCAGGUAUUUUUUUAACCCGUAAGAAUGCCGGGAGGAAAGUGGCAGCUCAGAUUCCCAUCCUCUUAACAGAGUCAUGCAGGGACAUCAGCCAAGGAGCUGCUGAGGAAAAAAUUCCCCACUGUAAGUCGAGGUCACUGGAGGGGGAUGUUAACCUGGGACUAGGAGGAAUGAGGAGCUGGCAUUAAAUCUGGCUCAGUUACAGCAGGAUUUCUGCCCGGGAGCCUUUGCCAAACCCUAAUUCCUCGCUGUUGUUCAGCAAGGUCCUGGGUUCUUUAGGUUCACUUGUCCAUUGCCAUCUGCUCCAGGAGCAGCUGCUUUUAAUUUAGCAUCUAUAUAAUUUCUGAUGGAAGUUUUCUGGUGACCGCCACUGCUGCAUGUCAGUGCAAGAAGGUCGCAAGUUUUCCAGCACAUCUCCAAAUGUUGUUUUCCUAACUUGGUAAAGUCACAGCAGGUUCUGUCCUAACAUACAGUCAUACCUGCGGUUCCACCAUCCUCGCGGUUAGAUUUUCCUCCACACGAGCAAUAAAACUUGGCACCAGUGUGUAUUUUCAGAGAUGUAUGCAUACUGAAGGAACCAAGGAGUAGUUAGUUGCACACUCCUAUUGGUAGUAGCUACUGCAGGGCCUGCAUGUCAGUCUGCAGCGUGGCAUAACCUUGUUUAUUUAGUGUGACGAAGAAUAUAAUGGCAUCGAGCUGUCUAUUUCCUUCACAUAGUCCUAGUGACUGUUUGGGUACAGUAGAUUAUAUAGUAUUUAAAAUCCCAAUAUUGAUGAUUUUUUGCAUCUGCUGUUGAUUUUGGCAGAGAGAGGUAAACAAAUUCCUUGCCUGAACUGCUUAUAGGCAAAUACUGCAUGCUUUAAUGAGAGUUCUUAAUCUAACUUGUCACUCUGUUUACAUCAAACAGUUUCUUCCUGGCCCUUUUAUCUAAUUUUCUUCAUCUCUGAUGUUCUGUUCCUUCUCAUUCUUUCACGAUCCCUUUAUCUUUUCUUCAAGGAUGUGUAACUGAGAAGUGUUUAUUCUGACAAUAUUACUCAGUGAUGCCUCCACAGCUGAGUAAUGCCUUCGGUGCACAUCCAGUGGUGCUCCUACAAUAGAAACCUUAUCAGAGGGAUGAAUUUGGCCCUUUGGCUUUUCAGUAGAGUAAAUUAACACAUUAAAAGGCAGCAGAUAAAGAAGCUUGCCUAAAACAUAAUCGGAAUUUUCUCAGUAAACAUUCAGUAACUGGAGUUUCCAAACCACGGGUUGCAAAUCAAUGAGCAGAACUGCCCACAAGCCCUGAGGCAGACUGUGAAGAUUCUCUUUGUAGUGUUGCCUUAUUUUUCCUCUUUCAAAAGGUUGAAAGUGAUUUUGUGAGCUGAAGGGUGUUGCUGCACUAAACUAGAGUUUAUUUUUCAGAAGGCAGACAUCACUCCACUCCUUUUGUAGGAUAAUACGUGGCACGUAAAAUAGUGAUGUCGUAGGCCAUUGUUACAAAUUCCGAUGCUAAGAAGUCUGUGAGAAUGGUUUUGUAAUAAUUCCUGGGCAAAUCUCCCGCUAUUCAAGUUGCCUUACAAUAGUGCUGGAGCUCCCAGCUGGCUGUCCUCGUGAAGUGCUAGAACCGAAGGAGCUUUAGUGCAAAGGGCUCUCUAAUAAAACUUGGUAGCUGUACAAUCAAAAAAGAUCGUGGAGUCGGACGGCACCACCGAGUUUUAUUGGUCGUGGUGAACCGAUGCCAUCAAUUCAGACUUUCUGGGUUUUGGCUCCCUUUUGAUGAACAAAAGGAGGGACUUUGGACAAGCAGAGACAUCAGUGAGGUCUCUAGAAGUAUUGAGCAUUAGACCUACUUUUCUACCUAUAAAAAUCUGAGGCCCACCUAGUGCUCCCCUUUAAAAAGGAAGAAAUCAACCCAGUCCUUAGUAUAAAAAAUCACUCCCAGUUCUUGUGUCUGAGCUUUUCUCAAGUUAUUAUUAACUUAUUAGUGAUUUCACAUAAGGAUACAACAACGACUGGAUGUCACAAGGCAAACCAGUUCUUGAUGACUCUAGACCAGUACCAGAGUAUUUUGUCUUUGAAUAUUUUAGGAGGCUAGGAUGGGGGGGGGUUGCCUGGUGUUUUGGGCAGAGUUUCUCCUGAUGUGUGGCAGGUGUCAGAGGGAAGAUUUUGGGUUUGAUCCUGUGGCAUUCUAACUAGUUCCCCCACUGCGCUCCUAAAACAUCGUUUGCAAGAUUUUUCCUGGUUUUAGAGAAUCAUGUGUUCACCAGUAAAAUUGCUUGGCAAAUGAGGGCAGCACCUGUAAUAAAGCAGCAGUCACCUUUAUUAGAAUUAUGGGCUGAUGACUCGGAUUUCUCAAAAGGCCUCAUUUUGAUUACUAGAAAGUAGUUUUAUACACAGAAAUCUUGCACUAGAAUUAAUCGAGCUGUAGAUGCAGGCUUCUCAUGUAUGUGCUACUUCAUGAAAAUGGGUUUCUGUUGUUCUUCAUGUAUGAAAUGUACCUUCCAGGGUUCUGCUCCAUGUUUGUGGUUAAUUGUGUAGGUAUUUUUCAGUUCUUUCUGUUGCUCACCAAGGAACUAAGAGAAGACUUGCACAACUAUCUCGAUGUUUUGGUAUUUUGCUGUGAACUAUAUAGCUCAGUAGCUGAUACUCACAAAUGCUGUAUAUUGGAUGAAAAUGCAUUAAAACUUAUUUUAUAUGUUGUA